AUGAUUAGAACAGUCGUGCCAAAGAACGCCCGUUCGAAGAGAGCCCUCGAUAAGAAGGAGGCCAAGUUGAGCGAAAAUGUCAAGCAAGCCUUAUUCGUGCCAGGUGCCAACUCCAACAAGGUGUUGCACGAUGCUAUGGUUGAUCUCUCUGCGUUAAAGAAGCCACAUAUGAAGAGAUUUUCCAAAAAGAACAAUGUUAAGCCAUUCGAAGAUGCCGCCACCUUGGAGUUUUUCUCCGAGAAGAACGACUGCUCCCUCCUCGUGUCCUCCUCUCACAAUAAGAAGAGACCAAACACCUUGACCUUCACCAGGACCUUUGGCUAUAAGCUCUACGACAUGGUGGAAUUGAGCAUCAUCAACCACAAGUUUCUUGCUGACUUCAAGAAGGCUACCUUCAACGUUGGUUUAAAGCCAAUGUUCGUCUUUAAUGGUCCCGUUUUCGAGUCCCAUCCGGUCUUCAUGCACAUUAAGUCCUUGUUUUUGGAUAUGUUCCGCGGUGAAACUACUGACUUGCAGGAUUUGGCUGGUUUGCAGCAAAUCAUUGCCAUCUCCGCCGGUGAGUUGGAGGACUCCACAAUCGACGAGGCCAACGCCAAGUUACCAACCUUGCACUUCAGAGUCUACAAGCUACACACCCACCGCUCUGGUCAGAAGUUACCGCGUGUGGAGAUUGACGAGAUCGGCCCAAGAUUCGACUUCAAGAUUGGUAGAAGACAAUUCCCAUCGCCUGAGUUGGAGAAGGAGGCCAUGAAGAAGGCCAAGCAGUUGGAGGCCAGAACUAAGAAGAAUAUUGAGACUGAUCUCGUUGGUGACAAGAUAGGUAGAGUCCACGUCGGGAAGCAGGACUUGGGCAAGUUGCAGACCAGAAAGAUGAAGGGUUUGAAGGCCAAGUAUGAUCAGGUUGGCGAGGACUUUGACGACCAGGUCUAUGAGUACCCAGAGGAGGAUGACGAGCCUUCUAGCAAGAAGCAGAAGAAUUAGAGUGUCCGUCUGUAUCGUAUAUGUAUUUUAGUUUCAAUGAAAUUUUAUAGGAAUAAAAAGCGUCUGCAUCAGCGGGACAGCUUGAUUGGAAAUUUAAUGGGAAU